UGAGGAACGUGUGACACCCACCCCCACGUGGAAGAGGCUGCUUCGGCGGAAGGUGCACAGGAAGCAAGGCAGGCAUGCUGCUUGAGGAGGCGCUCCGCGAAGUGGGCGACUUCGGCCGUUUCCAGUGGCUGCUCAUAGUCUACCUGUGCGUGUUUGUGGCCCCACUGCGCGUGCUGCCACUGUUCGGGCACAUCUUCAGCCUGCUUGUGCCGCCGCAUCGGUGUCGCCUGGACCCGCGGCUGCUGGAAACGAUCGAGGGUCUGAGUAACGGGACCAGCGAAGAUGCGGGCCUGUUGCUGGACCUGGCGCUACCACGGGAGCCCGACGGCGCGUUUAGCCGGUGUCGGAUGUACGACACCAACUCCACGCUGGCACUCUGGUUCGACGCCAUGGAAGCAUCGAGAUUAGGGAACGCGUCUACCGUCACCGGAGUCCGCGCGAUCGUGCCGUGCCAGUUUGGAUGGGAGUAUGACUUUUCGUACUUCUACCCCAGCGUGGUUUCAGAGAUGGACUGGGUGUGCGAGAAUUCAUGGAAGGCAUACGUGUCCAACACAGCAUUCUGGGUUGCAACAGCCAUCGGCGUGCUCAUAUGCGGUGACGUCAGUGACAGGAUCGGCCGGGUACCGGUGAUGAUUGGCGUGAACGUGAUGUGCGGCGCCGCCGGCCUGUACACGUACUUCACGGCGGGCUUCGAGCACUUCGUGGUGAGCCGUGUGUUCGUGGGCCUUUUCGUGCUCGCCGUGAGCAUCAUGCCCUUCGUCCUCGUGGUUGAGUACGUGGCUCCAGAACGACGCAUGAUGGUGCUAAGCGCGUUCCAAUUCUCGUACCCACUUGUGGGUGCCGCCUUUCCCUGGAUGGCGUACGCCCUGGCCGAUUGGAGGAUCCUCACCCUGGUCUGCGCCGUGCCCCCUCUGGCGGCUCCUUUGUUUUCCUGGUUUGUCCCAGAGUCGUUACGGUGGCUGGUGUCUAGGGGCAAGGAGCAGCGUUCCAAGAAGAUCUUGUUCACCAUCGCUAAGAUCAACGGCAAAAAACUGUCCGACGACUUCAUGCAGAAAUGCCAGUUUCCUCCUCCAAACGAGGUCCGCAAGACCAAGGCAUCACCAAUUGACAUGCUCAAGACUCGAAACCUCCGGAAAAAUUUUGUGCUGUCCCUCAUAGUGUGGACUUUAGCUUGUCUGGUGUACACGGCCGGUCAGCUGUACGCAGCGAACGCGAGUCACAGUCCAUUCGUGAUGACCACGGCGGUAAACUUGGUGGACAUCGUGGCCACGGGUACGGCGCUUCCUCUAGCCGACCGCUGGGGACGCAGGCCUACUAUGAUGACUGCCUACGCAGCCGCUGCAGUGGCCUACGUGUGUUCCGUUGGAGUACCACAAGAGAGCCUGGCUUUAGGUACAGCGGUGUUCAUGCUGGCGCGGGUGGCCUUGACCAUGGCCUACAACGUGGGUUACCUGUACGCGGCCGAGGUCUACCCGACGGCAGCCCGUUCGCAGGCGCUCUCCUUGCGCCAGGCCUUUGGCUCCGUCGGAAAGUUUCUCAGUUCGCAGGUCACUCAGCUGGCUAUGUACGGCCGUCCCAUCCCGCUGCUGCUGAUGGGCGCCAUGUCAUUCUUGCUGGCGCUGCUCACGUUCCCGAUGCCAGAGACCCUGCACCAGCGGCUGCCCGAGACACUCGAGGACGGCGAGGCGUUCGUGCACGGCCAAAACACGUGCUGCAGCUGCGUACUACUGCAGCAACCACAGCAAUCCUCGUCGCAGCGGACAUCCGCCGGAAGGUCACGCUCGCUGUCUGUCAUCUCGGCUGCCUCGGCAGUGAGCGUCAGCCCCGACUGAGCAGCGCUCGUUCGAACGAAACCAUCGUUCUACGUGGCGAGCAUGUGUACCUCCGAGAAUGACGGAGAGUAAUACGCCUAUACAAGCGAACAGCAGUGGUAGCAAAAGCGCUGCGCGCUAAACGACGGAUGGCGCACCACCACCAUGGAUUUACCUUGGCUCGGUGUCCUGACAAGACAUGAAGUGAACUCCUGGAACGUUUGAGGCUGUAUGUUUUGACGAAUCGCCAUCUAACAUUCUUAACCGUUGACGAUGGUACGCCAUGGUUUCUUGUGGGCGCAGGUGUGUACUAAGCAUAUUUCUUUGUUUCGUGUUUAGAGAGAGUAUUUAUGUCCACAGGGUAUCGGAAUCCUGACAAUGCAUUUCUCCGCAAAGUUCGGGGAAUUUAUAUCUCGAAACUGGGGUCAUCUUGAAAAUUCGUUCCAAGUGGAUCCGCCUUGCGAGCUCCCCGGCUAUAAUUUGUAAAUUGCAAUAUGGGCCAUAAUGUAAUUAGUUAGAAAUUUAAUUAGCGAAUUUUUAUUAAUGAGUCAGUUUUGCAUCUCAAUUUCUCGUGCAAGUAUUGUCCACCGCUUCGAGUAGACCAGCUCAUGAACUAGAAUUGUGAUAUCUGCCACAGGUAACUUUUAAACAUUUUUGAAAGUGUUCUGUCAAACACCCUGUAUAUAAACGCCAUUUACCUCAGAAUUUUUCAUUAAACGUACAUGCAGCAGCCUGUGCAUUUCUUCUGUAAAUUUUUUUUUACAUUUAGCGGUGCUGUUUUUCACU